ACACGGCAGCAUCGGUCGGGGUGGGCGCGCGCGCAUUUUUACCAGCAACAGGAGCAGGCGUGCCCGCUGUCGGCGGCAGCCGUGUGUGUCCGGCGCCGGCGGUUUCGGCCAAAUCUCGCCCGUGCGUGCGUGCGCGCGCCAGCGUGUUCGAUUUUUAGCCCUGUUCAGGGGGUCCGCGCGCGCAUACCAGUCUGUCGCCCUCCCCGUCCGUCUCUCUCUCUGCCUCUCUCUCUCUCUCGCUCCGGCGCGAGGACCACGCAGCGAAAAGCGCGCGCCUGGCUCCGGCUUCGGCCGACUUCGGAAAAGUUCGGAGGCGGCUAGUGUGAAAGUUGUGUGCCGCGGCGGUGUGUCCGAGGGGGCGAGCCGCAAGCGACGUCGCGCCGCGCACCCCGGCGUGGGUGGGGGGAACACCACCGCCACCACCACCGCCGCCGCCGCCGCCGACGCCGCCACCACGGCUAACAGUCUUUUUUUCGGUGAGACCCGCUGGGGAUAGCGGGAGAGAAGGAGCCGCUAGGAGGGAAAAAAAGCGCGGCAGGAGGGGGAAGGGGGGAGGCGAAUAUUCUCACCACCCCCGCGGGGCGCGACGCGGCGACAGCAGCAGCAGCAGCAGCAGCCGUCAGAGAGCAGGCGGCGCGGGGGAGUCGGGAAAAAAGUGUCAGUCUGCGAGGACAAACAUGCGUGGCUGGCGCGGGGACUAGCAGCCGGCGCGACGACACCCAGUGCAUAGUGUCUGGUUUUAUAUGAGCUCGGGCGCGGCGCCGUGCCGACAGCCGCAGCAGCAACAGCAGCAGCAGCAGCAGCAGCGGAUGCAUCUGCCGGCGGCCGUGGACGCCGCGGGCGACGGCGCCGGCUCAGCCGUCAGCCGGUGCGUGAUGGCCGGCGAGGAGGCGCUGGCCAGCCUGCACGAGGCGCUGCAGGAGUACCACGGCGAGCUGGUGCAGACGGGCAGCCCCGCCGUGCUCUGCUCGGCGCUGCCCUCGCACUGGCGCUCCAACAAGUCGCUGCCCGUCGCCUUCAAGGUGGUCGCGCUCGACGACAUCGUCGACGGCACCCUGGUGACGGUGCGUGCCGGCAACGACGAGAACUUCUGCGGCGAGCUGCGCAACUGCACCGCCGUCAUGAAGAACCAGGUGGCCAAGUUCAACGACCUGCGCUUCGUCGGCCGCAGCGGCAGGGGGAAGAGCUUCUCGCUGACCAUCGUGAUCAGCUCGACGCCUUUCCAGAUAGCCACCUACAACAAGGCCAUCAAAGUGACGGUGGAUGGUCCUCGAGAACCGCGCACCAAGUCCAAUUUCCACUACCUGCCGGGCCAGCACGCGUUCGGGCCGUUCGGCAUGUUCCCGGGCGCGCAGUGGCUGGACUCGGCCGCCUACCUCGGAUACCCCUGGCAGGAGUAUUUCCGCCGGCCAGAGCUGUGCAAGCUGCCUGCGGCCGCCGCCGCCUGCUCCAUGCUCAAAGGUUCUCCGCUGGGCGCGGGCUCGCCGGCCGAGUUCUACCUGCCGCACGCGGCGCCCGCCUUCCCCGUGGUGCCGCCGCCCCCGCACGCCGGCCCCGGCGCGCCGCCCGCCUUCCUGCCGCCCCCGGUGUCGCUGCUGGGCUACCCGCCACCGCUGCCGCCCCCGGCGGACCUGCUCGCCGUCACGGCGGGCGCAGCCUCCUGCUCGCCGCCCCUGCUGCCAGUGGGCGCCGGCGUCGCGGCGGCCGCCGUCCCCGCGGCGCCGACGGCCGACGACCUCAAGCUGACGACGUCGUCGUCGGCGAGCAGGGCUUCGGCGUCCCCCAGCGGUCGCAGCGACGACAGCGACUCGGACGACAGAGCGAGCGCCGGCACCGCCGCCGACGAGAAGCCGGUGCGGUCGGCGUUCCAGCAGGUGCGACCCGCCGCCGCCUCCGCCACCGCCUCGGCCGCCCCCGCCAAGGAUAAGGAGGGCGCCGCCACGACGGUGCUGGCCGCAGCCUGUUCCACGGGGGCCGUCCGGCCUUCGCAGACUUCUAAGCCCGUGUGGAGGCCGUAUUAGACGCGACGUUCGCGUCGAGUGGCGGUGUGCACCCGUUGAGUACGCUGGAAAGCCACUGAAGUGGGACUACUCAGUCGUGUCUUACUAAAACUCAUCAACCAAAUAUGUGAACACUGCUUGAAACAGUGACAACCUACAGUGAUUGUGGCUAUAAACUCUUAGGAGUGACGCAAAACGUGCAAAUCAAUUCUGCAGAAGCCUAGCAGCUUCAUAUUUGUUUAUACUCUUGCCUAAUUUUCAGUCGUUUCUUGUAGUUUAUGAGUUGCAGCUUUCCACCAGAAUAUUUUUGUGGGCAUUUCCAGUUUCUUACAAACGCUGUUUGAGGUAAUGGCUCUGAUUUCACUAAAUCACUUGAAACGUGGGCCACACGAAUCCUUCAAGACGAUCGCAACCAUUUGCGACACGAUUACAACAUCUGCACUCUGCUGGCAGCCUCAUGGUGUGCAGAAGAAGGAUGUUUUCUGCACCACUGACAAUUCUCCUCUCUCCUAUUCCAGUCGCGAAGGACGCAGGGGAAGGAAGGUUGUUUGGAACCAUCCGCUCGAACCCCAGUACCUCUAAUUUUACCUUCGAGGUAUUUCCGCGAGAUAUAAGCAGGUGGAAGCUAUAUCUUCUAGUAUCGUACGCUCUCGGAAUUUUAACAGUAAACCGUACAGUGAUUCACAAUGCCUCUCUUGUAGAGUCUGUCAUUGGAGUUCCGUGAGCAUCUCCGCGACGCUUUCGCCCUUGCUAAACCACCCUGUGACAAAACGCGCUGCUCUUCUUUGGAUCCUCCCUGUUUCCUCUGUCAGUGUUAGCUGAUAAUGGUUGCAGACUGUCAAGCAACACCCAAGUAUCGCUCUAGCCAGAGCUUUGUAGGCUACCUUCUUCGGGGCUGGAAAUUUCUCCGACCAUUAUGUGCUGUGUCUUUAAUCAUAUCGUGGCCUACCGAAUAUUACAAACUUGGAAUCUUCAAUCAUUUUCUCCUUGUGGAAAGUAUUCUCCCAAACUGAACCGAGAACGUUCCUGUCCUAAGCGUGUUGAUACAAUCGUUGUGUAGCAAAUGAAUUUCCAAGGAAGCGUUUGUGGGAGAAGUAGUGGUUUGGCAUUCGAAAGAUGAGUGUAACGACUGGAAAAAAGUUGUGUCAGAUACAUAUGCUUUCAAUACCAUUCCCAAUGAUGCCUCCUGGAAGAAGAUGCGGCACCGAUCGCCGGAAUCUUGUAGCCCCACGUCGAUUCCUGGAGUUACAGAUUUUUAUUUAAUAUCAAUUCCUGAUGGCAAGCGUAAUGUUCUUUGUUGGUGUAGUUAAUUAAAUUUACCAACCAUCUAGAAGCUGCUGACAGGACGGACUUUCUAAUAUUGACUCUAUCCGUUGUCUCCUGUACAACACGUACUAUACAUUGUAUAGUGCUGUUACUGAUGCGUCAAUAAAAUUUUCUGGUGGAAGAUUCACAAUAAGCUAGAAGAAUCGACUUUAGUACUGUAAAGAUUAUGAACAACUGAUUACCGGAAAUUCGUGUAAGUUCACAAAAGAUGCUAUUACAUUGGACUGACACUGUAUACCGCUUGCCAGACUUUUCUAGGCUCGACAACACAUACGCGCCUUCAAAGUGAGGCCUGAAAACUUAAGCUGUUCGUUUUCUGUAAUAGUGAGAAAAGUUGUGUCUGCAGCCUUGUUGUCAAAACGGCCUUAGUGACUGUGAAUUGUUUAAUUGAUGUAGAUGAGUACUUGGAACUUCUGUGUAUAGAGUUUACGUUCAGUAUUAGAACCAAAGAUACGUUUCUCAGUGACAGUAUAGAAAAAAUAUUGCGUUCCUUGAUUAAUUUAAGCUAUUGCCACUUUGUGCUAAAAGAGACUACUACCAACUUUGCCAGCAUACAUAACGUCUGGACUUAAUUUUGUUGUCAGUUUGCAGGCAGUUGUGUGAGCAGUGCUAACAACAAAAAGUGGGACUAACUGUAUAUAUGUUGACAUUCUAAAAAUGCCUGUAAUGUCCUACUGUAAACAUAACUUUCCUUUAACUCGAAGAGUAUUUAUUUUAUUCAAAUGAAGGUUUCAUCAGCGAUCUGACGCUUCUAAACAGUGGAUCAAGUGCUACCCUAGACAUCUCCUUUAGGACACUGUAAUUUUCUGAUUCUUAUUGUGAUAACAAACCGAGUAAAGAAAUGGUAACUGCGAUCACCCUUCAUGUAUUUAUGUUCCUUUAGUGACUGUCUAUUUAAGUGCAGCGUCGUGUUUUCCUUAUCCCACAGCCAAAGUUGUACGGAUAGAAGCUUUUAUUCGAGUCGCUGUUCCGUUCAGAGAAUGUUGAUGACACAGUUUAAUUUUCAAUGACUUAUGAACGUUUGUAUACGUCAUGGUAUAUUUCUUGUGUUUACCUCUGUGUAUGUAAAUGUAAAUAAAUAGAUAUACGCUUGUAAUGAGAAAAUAUAAAUAUAUUCCAAAGUAUAUAACAACACUGAUUGAAACAUUUCUCUUUACAAAGAGUAAUGUUUAUAGCACGUGAAGGAAAUGCAAAGUAUGUGCUGUAAAGUUCUUUCCGGUGACAAUGGCCAGUAUUAAAAACAUUGGAAAUGAGUGUCACUCUAAAGUGACGUCAUUACAAUAAGUAGUAGUUUAUGUCCAGUGAUAUUGGAGUAACUUCCAGGAACGUCCAGGCAUUUUGUAUCAGAUGUUUUCGUGUUUUCCUUUCCUAUACAUUGCAGCACAUACCUGUCGUUUGGAACGACUCGCUUACUUAACGACUUCUCCACGUUUCUGAUGAUUUCAAUUUUUGAAAAGAACCAUUUAGUAACAUAGAACCACACAUGCAAAACAAUUAACACCGGGGCACAGAAACAAAAGUGAGAUACGCCAAGUACUGAGCUCAGAUUCACAAAACUACCAAACAAAACAAGUAAUUUCCUUCGUAAGCUCUGUUUUUUCACACAUUGUAUCCGUUUUUUGUACUUUGCUGUGUAUGGAAUUCCCGAGGUUGUGAUCAUCUGAUCUAGUGGCUAUUUUUGUACUUUGAUUGUUGUAUAAGUGUGUUACAUGUAUGUCAAAUGUCAGGCGAUCAUAGUACAAACUACAACUUAAAUAAAAAUCUAUCUCUAUCAA